AUGGAGCAAACGGAAUUGAGGUCAGCCGUCAAAAACCUCAGUGCUACCGACGUCGACAAUUCAUCGUCUCCAGAGAUACAAUCGGAGUUGCUGAGUGCGACGAAACCUGAAAACAUUGGUGAUAAUAGUAAUUGUGAUGAAGGUAAGGUUGCAGAUAAACCAGAGGAAACCCUAAAAGCCGAUUUGGGAGUUAACCUCGAGGAUAGUUCUAUGACACGCAAGAUCAAAAAGAAGCAAUGGAUUCCAAAAGGUAAAAUUGCUACUCCUAAUGUAAUCCAAGAUGAUACUAUUGAAAAGAAUACUGAGAUGAUCACCACUCCUAAUGUGAGCCAGCAUAAUAGUGAAGAGGAGAAUGAAGAGGAAUUCUGGUCAAAGCCCAAUAAAGCUAGCAGAGAUAGAGGGAAGGCCAUCAUCCAAACCAGUAAUUCUUCAGGUGUCCAUGGUAACAAUGGCUUUGAGGUUCUAGGUGGUUGGAAUGAGCCAUUAGUAGCCUUUGAUAUGGGGACAUGA